AUGGGUUUUAUGUCACCCACCAGGGCGUACAACUGGUACAUCUCCCUUGUCGCCGCAUCAUGUAUGGUCCUCUACGGUUACGACGCCUCGGUGUACAACGCCGUCCUCGGCUCCGACCACUGGAUGAAUUAUUUCGGCAACCCUGACUCGCAAACGCAGGGUGCCAUCAACACCGCCUACACCGUCGGCGCCGUCGUCGCAGGUUUCUUCAUGGGCGGCCCGCUGGCCGAUUUCGCUGGUCGUCGCGCGGGCAUGGCGGCCGGCUCGUUGCUCGUCAUCAUUGCCACCUUCAUGCAGGCUUUUUCGCCGAGAGGCAAUAUCGGCUGCUUCAUCGGAGGUCGUGUCGUUAUCGGUUUGGGUCAAGGUCUUGCGUUGACCGCUGGUCCUAUCUAUAUCGGAGAGCUUGCGCCUUCUGAGAUUCGUGGAAAGGUCAUGUCUUUCUGGCAGAUGUUCUACAGUGUUGGCUCCUUCAUUGCCUACUGGAUCAACUUCGCCUGCCAGAAGCACAUCGCCAGUCUUGGCGAGUGGGACUGGCGCAUGGUCGUCAUCUUCCAGCUCUUGAUGCCCGUCCUCAUCAUCGCCCAGCUGUGGUUCAUCCCCGAGACGCCGCGUUGGCACAUCCAGAAGAACAACAACAUUGAGGCCGCGCGCGCUUCGCUCCGCCGCGUCCGCGACACGGAGCAGGACGUCGAGGAUGAGCUACUGGUCAUCCGCGAGGCGCUCGAGUUCGAGAAAGAAGCCAUCUCUUCGGGCUACGCGGCUUUGUGGAAGGACCCCUCGGUGCGCAAGCGUCUGCUGCUCGCCUUCGUCAUCAACGCCGGCCAGCAGGUCACUGGCCAGGGCACGCUCAACACCUAUUCGACCAAGGUCUACAAGAAGAUCUUCACCGACUCCUCGCAGGUCGCUCUUAUCAACGCCCUCAACGCCACCUUCAGCAUCAUCUUCACGCUAAACGCCACCUGGACCGUCGACCGCUUCGGCCGCAAGGCUCUCCUCAUCGUCGGCGCCAUCGGCAUGGGUCUCUGCAUGGUCAUCGCCGCCACUGUCGAGACGCAGACACCGUCCAUCGUCGUCGGCGGCGUGACCACCAAGUCGCAACCUGUCGGCAUCUCCAUCGUAUUCCUGAUGUUCCUGUUCGCCUUUUUCUACAAACCCUCCUGGGGUGCCACCGUCUGGAUCUGGACGUCCGAGAUCUUCUCCAUGAACGUGCGCGCGCAGGCCGUCGGCAUGGCCUCACAGACGCAAAACGUCGCCAACGCCAUCGUCCAGCAAUUCUUCCCGACCUUUCUGGACAACUGCGGCUUCUACGCCUUCUACAUGUUUGCCGGUAUCAAUGUCCUGUUGGCUGUCUUCGUCUACUUUUGCAUCCCGGAGACGAAGCAGGUCAGUCUCGAGGAGAUUGAUGUGCUGUUUGGCGGCUCCAACCAUGUGGAGAAGGGUGGGGAUUUGAUGGGCGUGGAGGACGCGCAUCAUGUGCAUGUGGGUGCGGAGGGGAAGGGGAGCGUGGACGCUUCGGAGAAGAGGGUCUGA